GUGGCCUUCUGAGGAGGUGGCUUCAGUCACAGGCAGUGGUGGGAGUGAGCAAGUCUGCAGCCAGGCCACCCGCCAAAGUAUCCAGCCGGAGUGCCGGCGAGCAGCACAAGUCACCCGUCUGCCACCAGUCCUCGCCAGCGCCCACAGCCAUGGAGCCCUGGCCGCUCCCCUUGCUCCUUGCUCUCUGCUCAGCUGGCCUUGUCCUGGGCUCUGAACAUGAGACCCGUCUGGUGACACAGCUAUUUAAAGACUACAACAAGGUGGUGCGGCCAGUGGAAGAUCACCACCAGGCCGUGGAGGUCACCGUGGGCUUGCAACUGAUACAGCUCAUCAACGUGGAUGAAGUAAAUCAGAUCGUGACAACCAAUGUUCGACUGAAACAGCAAUGGGUGGAUUACAACCUAAAAUGGAAUCCAGAAGACUAUGGUGGCGUGAAAAAAAUUCACAUUCCCUCUGAAAAAAUCUGGCGCCCAGACCUUGUUCUCUAUAACAACGCAGAUGGUGACUUUGCGAUUGUCAAGUUCACAAAAGUGCUCCUGGACUACACUGGCCACAUCACGUGGACACCUCCAGCCAUCUUUAAAAGCUACUGUGAGAUCAUCGUCACCCACUUUCCCUUUGAUGAACAGAACUGUAGCAUGAAGUUGGGCACCUGGACCUAUGAUGGCUCUGUUGUGGCCAUCUACCCGGAAAGCGACCAGCCAGACCUGAGCAACUUCAUGGAGAGUGGGGAAUGGGUGAUCAAGGAGGCCCGGGGCUGGAAGCACUGGGUGUUCUAUGCCUGCUGCCCUUCCACCCCCUACCUGGACAUCACCUACCACUUUGUCAUGCAGCGCCUGCCCCUCUACUUCAUCGUCAAUGUCAUCAUUCCCUGUCUACUCUUCUCCUUCUUAACUGGCCUGGUGUUCUACCUGCCCACAGACUCAGGAGAGAAGAUGACUCUGAGCAUCUCUGUCCUGUUGUCCUUAACUGUGUUCCUCCUGGUCAUCGUGGAGCUGAUCCCUUCCACCUCAAGUGCUGUGCCCUUGAUUGGGAAGUACAUGCUGUUCACCAUGGUGUUUGUCAUCGCAUCCAUCAUCAUCACUGUCAUCGUCAUCAACACGCACCACCGCUCCCCCAGCACCCACGUCAUGCCAGAGUGGGUGCGGAAGGUUUUUAUCGAAACUAUCCCAAAUAUCAUGUUCUUCUCUACAAUGAAGAGACCAUCCAGAGAAAAACAAGACAAAAAGAUUUUUACAGAAGACAUUGAUAUUUCUGACAUUUCUGGGAAGCCGGGGCCUCCACCCACAGGCUUCCACUCUCCCUUGAUCAAACACCCCGAGGUGAAGAGUGCCAUCGAGGGCGUCAAAUACAUCGCAGAGACCAUGAAGUCAGACCAGGAGUCCAAUAAUGCGGCAGAGGAAUGGAAGUAUGUUGCAAUGGUGAUGGACCACAUUCUCCUUGGAGUCUUCAUGCUGGUCUGCCUCAUCGGCACCCUGGCUGUGUUUGCAGGUCGGCUCAUUGAAUUACAUCAGCAAGGAUGAUCAGAAGGCAGAACUGACCCCGGGCCUGCCCCAGCCCCAGGCAGAGCAGAGAAAGGCCUCAUCCCAGAAGCCCACCUAAAUGUCUAUCGAUGGAUGAAUGGAUAAACAAAAUAUGAUCUAUACAUACAAUGUUCAGCCUUAAGAAGGAAUGAACUUCUGACACAUGCUACAACACAGAUGAAACUUGAAAACAUGAUGCUAAGUGACAUAAGCCUGAUUG